AUUUUGUGUGGCAUAGAACGAGAUAAGCUUUUUCCCUCAAAUCGAUCAAUCUUCCUCUCAUCAUCAUCAAUUCAUCACCACCUUCUUCCAAUCUCUCUACACUCGCACCACAACCAGAUCUGUCAACCAUUUCACCAUUCUUCACCGCCAUUGUUAUCCUCUAAUCGACCAUGGCCAACGUGAUCAUGGCCUCCUCCAAAACCCUAAUCACAUCUCCCCCAACCCCUAAAUCCAAACACCAACCACUACCACAACCUCCCGUCUCCCUUCCCCUCAUCUCCACCACCACCAAACCCCUAAUCUCCCUCUCCCUCACUCCCAAAUCCCUCGCCGCCGCAGCCCUCGUAGCCGCCUCCGUCGCCGCGACUCCCUUCCCCUCCUUAGCAGUCGAGAUCGAAAAGGCCCAACUUUUCGACUUCGAUCUUACGCUUCCGAUCAUUGCCGCGGAGUUUCUUUUCCUCAUGUUCGCUCUCGACAAAGUAUACUACUCCCCCUUGGGGAAUUUUAUGGACGGCAGAGAUAAGGAAAUUAAAGAGAAGCUGAGCAGUGUGAAGGAUACUUCGAGUGAAGUGAAGCAAUUGGAGGAGCAGGCGGCGGCGAUUAUGAGGGCAGCGAGGGCGGAGAUAUCGGCGGCGUUGAACAAGAUGAAGAAGGAGACGGCGUUGGAGGUGGAUGCGAAGCUGGCGGAGGGGAGGAAGAAGGUGGAGGCGGAGUUGCAGGAGGCGUUGGCAAGUUUGGAGAAGCAAAAGGAAGAUACGAUCAAGUCGCUUGAUUCUCAGAUUGCGGCUCUUAGUCAGGAAAUUGUCAACAAGGUCCUUCCAGUUCAAUAAUUUACAUAUCAGUCCUUUAAAUUUGAAAAAGAAAAGGUCACUAGAAUCACGUAAAAUAACAGAAACUUGUUUAUAUUUUGGAUGAUUCGGACUCGGAUUAUUACAUGUGUGAUGAAGUUAUUGUUAAUUUGUGAAAUAAUAUUUUAUGAUUUUUGCUUCAA